AUGUUCAUACAUUUGGACGUUUAUUACUACAUUUUCAUCCUCAUGGUUCACAUGAAGUCGUGCUGCAGUUGGUCAGUGAAUAAUUUCCUGAUGACUGGCCCAAAGGCCUACCUGAUCUAUUCGAGCAGUGUGGCUGCAGGGGCUCAGAGUGGGAUUGAGGAAUGCAAGUAUCAGUUCGCCUGGGACCGCUGGAACUGUCCAGAACGAGCCCUGCAGCUCUCCACCCACAGUGGACUCAGAAGUGCAAACCGAGAGACAGCUUUUGUCCAUGCCAUCAGCUCCGCUGGGGUCAUGUACACCCUCACAAGGAACUGCAGCCUUGGUGACUUUGACAACUGUGGUUGUGAUGACACCAGGAAUGGUCAGCGAGGUGGCCAGGGCUGGCUGUGGGGAGGCUGCAGUGACAAUGUGGGCUUUGGAGAGGCCAUCUCCAAGCAGUUUGUGGACGCACUAGAAACUGGCCAAGACGCACGGGCUGCCAUGAACCUGCACAACAACGAAGCGGGACGCAAGGCGGUGAAAGGAACCAUGCAGAGGACGUGUAAGUGCCACGGUGUGUCCGGCAGCUGCACCACACAGACGUGCUGGCUGCAGUUGCCUGAGUUUCGGGAAGUGGGCAACUACCUGAAGGAGAAGUAUCACCGUGCCAUUAAGGUGGACCUUCUGCGAGGUGCGGGCAACAGUGCAGCCAGCCGUGGGGCCAUUGCCGAAACCUUCAGUUCCAUCUCUCGUAAAGAGCUGGUGCACCUGGAGGAUUCUCCCGACUACUGCGUGGAAAACCGUACGCUGGGUCUGCCGGGCACUGAAGGCCGUGAGUGCUUGAAGAAGGGCAAGAAUCUGAGCAAGUGGGAGAAGCGCAGCUGUAAGCGGCUCUGCAGUGACUGCGGACUGGCCGUGGAAGAACGCAGAGCAGAGACAGUGUCCAGUUGCAACUGCAAGUUCCACUGGUGCUGUGCUGUAAAAUGUGAGCAGUGCCGCAAGACUGUCACCAAGUACUACUGUGUGAAGAGAACCAAACGGGUUAAGAAUGACAGUGCAAGUCGAAGGAGAGGCCUUCGCUUAAAGAAGAAGCACUAA